CCCCUUUUCCCUUCCUCCAGUCCCAGUUCAAUUUGCUCAACAACAGCAUGGAUCAGAGCAUCGGCAGCAGAGCAGCCUCCACCAGCCCCUACAGCUCCGAGCACACCUCCAAUGUCCCAACGCAUUCUCCCUACUCACAACCCAGCUCKACCUUCGACGCCAUGUCCCCGGCUCCUGUCAUCCCCUCCAACACCGACUACCCCGGUCCCCACCACUUCGAGGUGACCUUCCAGCAGUCCAGCACCGCCAAAUCAGCCACCUGGACAUACUCCCCGCUGCUGAAGAAGCUCUACUGUCAGAUCGCCAAGACAUGYCCCAUCCAGAUCAAAGUGUCCAGCUCUCCACCCCCGGGCACCAUCAUCCGGGCCAUGCCCGUCUACAAGAAAGCAGAGCACGUCACCGAGGUGGUGAAACGCUGCCCCAACCACGAGCUCGGCCGCGAUUUCAACGACGGCCAGUCAGCCCCUGCCAGCCACCUCAUCCGGGUGGAAGGCAACAACCUGUCGCAGUACGUGGAUGACCCGGUGACGGGACGGCAGAGCGUGAUGGUGCCCUACGAGCCCCCGCAGGUGGGCACCGAGUUCACCACCAUCCUCUACAACUUCAUGUGCAACAGCAGCUGCGUGGGAGGGAUGAACAGGMGGCCCAUCCUCAUCAUCAUCACCCUGGAGAGCAGAGACGGCCAGGUGCUGGGGAGGAGAUCCUUCGAGGGGCGGAUCUGUGCCUGUCCCGGCAGGGACCGCAAAGCCGAUGAGGAUCAUUUCCGAGAGCAGCAAGCCCUGAACGAGAGCGCGGCCAAGAACGGCACCGCCAACAAGCGCACGUUCAAGCAGAGCCCUCAGGGCAUCCCUGCGCUGGGGACGGGCAUCAAGAAACGGAGGCACGGCGAGGAGGAGAUGUACUACGUGCCUGUGCGAGGCCGGGAGAACUUUGAGAUCCUGAUGAAGAUAAAGGARAGCCUGGAGCUGGUGGAGCUGGUCCCGCAGCAGCUGGUGGAUUCCUACCGGCAGCAGCAGCAGCAGCUCCUGCAGAGGCAGAGCCAGCUGCAGACACCUUCCUCCUAUGGACCUGUUCUUUCCCCCAUGAACAAAGUCCACGGUGGAGGRAUCAACAAGCUGCCCUCUGUGAACCAGCUGGUGGGGCAGCCAGCCCAGCACGGCUCYGGUUCUGCACCCAGCCUGGGCCCCAUGGGACCUGGAAUGCUGAACAGCCACGCCAUGCAGCCCAACGGAGAAAUGAACGGGGGCCACUCGUCACAGUCCAUGGUGUCCGGGUCACACUGCACCCCACCGCCACCCUACAACCCUGACCCCAGCCUCGUCAGUUUUUUAACAGGAUUGGGGUGUCCAAACUGCAUCGACUAUUUCACCUCACAAGGGUURCAGAAUAUUUACCACCUGCAGAACCUAUCCAUAGAGGAUCUCGGAGCACUGAAAAUCCCAGAGCAGUACCGGAUGAUCAUCUGGCGGGGUCUGCAAGAGCUCAAACAGAGCCACGACUACGGGGCCCAGCAGCUGAUCCGCUCCAGCAGCAACGCCUCCACCAUCUCCAUCGGCAGCUCGGGCGAGCUGCAGCGGCAGCGGGUGAUGGAGGCCGUGCAUUUCCGCGUGCGCCACACCAUCACCAUCCCCAACCGCGGCACCGCCGACGACUGGGCCGACUUCGGCUUCGACCUCCCGGACUGCAAAUCCCGCAAACAGUCCAUAAAGGAGGAGUUCACGGAGGGAGAGAUCAACUGAGGGGCUCCGGAGGCGGCAGCGAGACAGCGGGGGGGGUGAUAAACCCCCCACUCGAAAUGUAUUUGCAGCCUUGGGCGCCUGGAGAAGGUUGAUUUUGUUAUCCAGGGGAAMUGCGGGCCCUGAGCCGGGCAGGAGGUGCCUGCCCUGGGGAGGAAACUGGAGGUGAAGAGGAAGAGGAGGAGGAGGAGGAGGGCAGAUGAGCCAGCUCAGCGCUGGAGYGGGAUUUCUGCCUGCCCGUGGCACGGGAGGCACUGGCUGGUUUGUGUUUUCCUGGAGCAUCCCCGCAUCCAGGGGUGUGAGGACAGCACGUUUUUCUCACCCCUGCUCACUGUCUGUGUUCUCCGUGCUGUCCCAAACUUUGGGCUUUGUCACUGCACCAUGGACUCAGCCCUGACCUGUGCARGCAUCACCAGAGACUGCUGCGAUGCCACAUCCUGCUUUUCCAUGGACUGCCACACACAUCCCUUCCCUCAGCCCUCUGUAGAGCCAGAGAGAACCUGUUUGUCCGUUCCCAACGUGUUCUUGUACUUCAAGGUUGGUGUAUAUAAACAKAAUGUACAUACAGUAAACUCAUCGUGCUGUAAGGAGAGAGAAAGAUUUAUUUUCAUGUAAGCUAUAAAAAUUGAUACUGACUCCUGAGACACUGCAGUGUCAAGUAAAUUAAUUUCAUGUUGUAACAUGUGAACAUGCAGAGAAUCCUGUCUCCAGCCUUAUCUAUUCGAAACUCAAUYUUUUUUCGUCUUCUGAAUCUCUUGCAUGCAAUUGCGGAGGAGGGGAAAAUCAGUGAUUGUCCUGGGAAGUCAGAGGUCUGGAUAAUCCCUCCCUGCUCCCCUGGGGAGUUUUGCUGACAGGUCAGACCUGACAAUACAAGCUGGAAUGCCAUGGUGUGAAUUCCAUCCUUUGGGAGCACAGCCUGGAYUGGCUGACCAGUUCUGUUCCAUUCCUGGUCACUUUUCCCAGCUGUAAUUUCUCUGUUAUUUCAGGCUGGGAAAAAAACCUCCACAGAAAGCAGAGACACAAAUAGGUGUGUUUUCUCCCUGAAUGCUAAUUCAUUACACAUUUGGGAGGGCAGUGUCCCAAAAAGGUUUUGGAAAGGCACAGGAAGUCAC